CGAUCCGUCGCGAGGGGUGAGGGGCGAGGGGCGGUCCGACGGUCAAUCAUCGAUCGAUGCUGGCUGGCCGCGCUGACAGUUCUCCGAGCCGCCCGAGGUCGCGGAUUGCUCGACGUCGUCGCUGCAACGUGUUAGAUGAUUGCUGCAUAUGAUUAUAUCACCAGAACUGAGAGAAGGAGAGAGAAUGCGAAGAGGAGUUACGACAAUGCCGGUGAGUCCAGUGGAGGGCAUUUCUUCUUAGGACGGGGUUUGAAAUUUGAGACAUUGACCGAGAUUUGUCGUGAUUCUUCUUCGUACAAUUGCUGGUCCUGCAGCGUGUGAAGGGAAUGGACGGGUUUGGUCGUACGCGCUAUCGGUCUGCAUGACCGCAACUUUCCCGCCAAAAGAUCAUGCUUGUUCACGCAACUGUGGUUGUCACGUGAUAUACACGACACCACCAGGUCUCCAUUGACCACUCACCAAUUAAGUAUUGGAUUCAGCAUUGAAACGAAUAGCGAUACAAGUAUCGAUAUCGCGCACGGAGGAAUUUGAAUUAUUGGUCGAUAUGGGAGAUCGUGAAAGUGAGACCAAGAAGCUUCUUGCGAAACUCGAGGAGCUAGAAAGAGAGGAGGGGGAGAUUGAAGUUCUGGAGCUGGGAAGUCGUAACUCGAUCUGCCAAGAAAGGGAAGAAGGGGAGAUUCAUGGUGAUGAAGGUGAAGAAGAGCAAGAGGAAAUUCCUGGGCGUGUCACCGGUUCCGCAGGUCUAUAUGAUACGGAUGCAGGAACUGGAUUUGAGAUUGCUGGGAACGGAUUUGUUGACGAGAACAGGCCGAAUUCCAGAAAGAAAGAGGUAGCGGAUGAAGGAGCUCCGUCUGGAGUUGUGCAGGUUCAAGCCUAUGAAUGUUUCAUUGGGGAUGAAAAUGGUGCAAGUUCGGAUAUGGAGAUUGAGGAAGAUAUACCUUCGCCGCUUUUGAGAGGAACGCACGUCUCUGCCUACUUUGACAAAGAAAGUACAAAUUCUCCUGUUGGAGGGAUUGAAUCUCAAUCACGCAAUGGAGACGCAAAGAACGAUGUGGAGUCAACUCUGAAACGAAAAAGGCUUCCUGAUCUCGGUUCCAACCCCGUCAUUCAAGUCUCAUAUGAGGGAUUGCCCAGAGAAAGCAAGAAGAAACUCCAAGAUGCUCUGCAUGAAUGGUCUUACUGGCACAGUCGACGUUAUUCCUCAAGCAGUGGAGCAUGUACGGAACCUCUGGAAAGUGGAACGGAUGUUUAUUCUCCUGCCCUCUAUGUGGAAACUACCAGCAACGGUAGCGUGUCUGUCUGGAUGGACAGGCCAUCUAAGCUAAGUCGCAAGAAUGAGACUGAAGAUGUGUUCGGAUCAGCAGUUCAAGAGAAGGGAGAGGAAAUUCCAUUGUACGAUCGAGCUUGUGUCUCUGCGCUGUCUUCGCAGGAUGCUGUUGAUCGAUCGGAUGGGUUUAUAAUUAUCGAACCUGAAGAGAGCUCUAGGUGUUUUAAUUGUGGAGCUUACACUCAUUCGCUUCUGAAUUGCACGAGACCUCGUGACGCGAAUGCUAUAAAGAAGUCUCGGCAAUCGCACUCAGAAAAGAAAGGAGGUUUUAUCAGAGGUCGUGCUCCAACUAGAUAUUAUCAAUCUUCACCAGGCGGAAAGUUUGAUGACAUAAAGCCGGGAGCAUUGGGGAACGAGACAAGACAAUCCCUAGGCAUUGGGGAGCACGACCCGCCACCUUGGCUUCAUCGAAUGCGCGAGUUAGGUUAUCCUCCAGGAUAUUUAGAAGACCCAGAGGAAGAAUCCUCCGAAGUGGAGAUUUUUGGUGGAAUCGGAGAUGAAGCCACUUCGGAUGGUGGAAAAGAGCCAACGGAAGAUGGUGAGAUCGUCGAGAAGAAGAAACCAAGCGAAGACCUUUUAGUCGCAAAGAAAAUGACUGUCGAAUUUCCGGGCAUCAAUGCUCCUAUACCCGAGAAUGCAGACAAGAGAAUGUGGACGUCUCCUUCAGAAGCUCAUGGCGCACAGACACAGAGAAACAUUAAGAGACUCUGUCAAUCUCUAGGUACUACGGCUAGUGGAGGAAGUGAAGCAGGAGUCAUACCGCAUUCUUUCUUGUGGUCAGCCAGCACGAGCGAUCCUCCCUCUCGAGAUGGAAAUACACCAGGAAGCAACUCUAGCCACUCAACUCAAUGGUCCAGGCACGGGUCUUCCGCAGCUUAUGGAUUAGUGAAUGCCCCUGUGGACCUCAUGGAUAGUUGGAAAAGACGGGACGGAGAAACGAGCUCAGGUCCUAGAAGUAGUGCACGUGACACACAACAAACUCUUCCUAGUCCAACCGGCCUGGCCUCCCCCCUUAGGAGCAUGUUCCGAGCGCCAGGAUUCGGCGAUGUGCUCUCAACGCAACCCAGUCCCCACAUAUAUUCUCGGCAUAACCAGUAUCAUCCGCAAGCUCCCAUACUAUCUUCUUUGCCAAUCCCCAACAACCCAAACGAAGCAUGGUUGAAAGCUCAGGCAGCACUUGGUGUUCUUCAAUCUGAUCACAAAACCAGUAGCUCAUCUUCCCAGCCACAAUGGGGCAGAAGAUGAGUUCUGAAAAUCACAGACCACCUUCAGACAAACGCAUCGUUUGUUUACCAACAUAAAAGGAGCAUUUAUAAGUGGAGAGCUUGGGAAUUCAUGAACGGCACUGUUUAAAGAUUGGGGCCCAAUCGGAUUAGGUAUGAAGAUUCGCGUAUUCUCAAGAAGCGGUGAGUGUUCAUCCGCAAUGAAGUUCGUAAAUGAAGCUUUUCAGUCGAGAUUUUUCCUCGAUCACUGACUUCUAGAUAAACAAAUUUCUCCGACACAUUCUCAAGCCUGACAGAACAGCAAAGGAUAUUGCCCUCCUAUCUGGUGAAGUCCUCAGCUGUACCGCUGGACUUGUAAGAAUAUUUUCGGCGUGAGAAACCGAGACAGUGAAAGUUGUAAUAUGUCAGUCCAGUUUGAGACACAUCAUCCAUCAUGUUCGAUGUGAUGUUCGUAGCAUAGAUCAAUCACGUCUUACCAGCAGUACUGAGAUUAAGUUGCUAAGGAAAAGCCUUUCCAAUCCGCUAGCGCUCAAAUGAAAGGAAAUAAAAUAUAAAUUCAUACGCCAAGAACCUGAGUGCAGGGAAAUAUCUUUUGUCGAAAACAUCC